UCAAUGACUAGUGAUCGUUAGCCAUUAGCUUGUACUCUCAAGAAGAAAAACUUACAAGGUCUUCUUCGUCUCUGUCUGUCGUGUUAACCCUGCACGCUCGAGGCGGUUCCGGUGCAUCUAAAUCUCCCUAAAUUCGUACUCAGUGUGGAGCUGCACCAUAAGGAUGUCCUGUCAGUACCACUACCAUCUCCUCCCCCUCCUUCUGCUGCCGCUGCUGGGUGUAGGAGUCUCUGCGGUUGAAGUUCAACGCCCCCGCGGUGUCCCUUUAUCAAAACGGCAGUUCUAUGAAGAGGACAAGCCCUUUACUUGCCUGGAUGGCUCCCGCACUAUUCCUUUUGACAGAGUGAAUGAUGAUUACUGUGACUGCCAGGAUGGCUCAGAUGAGCCAGGAACUGCUGCUUGUCCCAACGGUAGCUUCCACUGCACCAAUGCAGGUUUCCAACCGGCCUUCAUCCCCUCCUCCCGCAUUAAUGACGGAAUAUGUGACUGCUGUGACACAACAGACGAGUACAACAGUGGUGCUGCCUGUCAGAACACCUGCAGGGAGCUGGGUCGCCAACAGAGGGAGAACCUGCAGAAGAUGGCAGAGAUCGCUAAGGAGGGCUUUCUGCUUAAACAACAACUUAUCCAGGAGGCCAAGAGGGGCCUAGAGGAUAAAAAGGCCAAACUUGUAGAUGUUCAGGCCAGUAAGAAGGAUCUGGAAGACAAGGUGGAGGCUCUGAGAACUGUAAAGGAGACUGCAGAGCAGCCAGAGAAAGAAGCUAAAGAGCGCCAUCUGAAGGCCUGGGAAGAACAAAAAGCUGUCAUUCGCAUGGAGAAGGACAAGGCUAGAAUGGCUGCGAUGUUUCUUGAACUGGACGACGAUGCAGAUGGCUUUGUCUCAGUGGCUGAACUUCUGUCCCAUUCUGAGCUUGAUCCAGAUUCAGAUGGUUCAUUCACAGAGGCAGAGGCUCAGGGAUUAUUGGGAGGAGUGGACAAAGUGGACACGGCAGCAUUUGAGGCUGUUUGGAAUAACAUCAAAGAAAAAUACAUAUCAGAGGCCGCCGCAGACACCACAGCACCGGUGGAGACCCCACAGGAGGGGAUGAAGGAGCCAGUCUCUGACAAUGACUCUGAGCAGUACCCUGAAGAUGACAUCCCAGAGGAUGAAGACGAGGAUGAGGAGGAGGAUGAAGACGAUGACCCGGAUGAUGUGGACUAUAAGACCCCUCCUACGACGCCGAGUCAAGAAAAGAAAGAUGACGAUGAUGAGGGGACUAUGCCACCUUAUGACCAAGAAACGCAGACCCUCAUUGAUGCUGCUCAGAAAGCCAGGGACGAGUUUGAUGAGGCUGAGAGAGGUCUGCGGGAAGUGGACGAUCAGAUCAGGAACCUUGAGAAGGAAAUUUCCUUUGACUUCGGACCCAGUGCUGAGUUUGGCUAUCUCUACAGCCAGUGUUAUGAGUUAACUACUAGCGAGUACAUCUACAGGCUCUGUCCAUUCAACAGAGUAUCCCAGAAACCCAAGUAUGGUGGAUCUGAAACUAACCUAGGAACAUGGGGGAAAUGGGCUGGUCCUGAGGAUAACAUCUAUUCUGUGAUGAAGUAUGAGCAUGGAACAGGAUGCUGGCAAGGCCCUAACAGGUCCACCACAGUUAAGUUAACAUGUGGAAAGGAGACCGUUGUGACAUCUACAUCAGAGCCCAGUCGCUGUGAGUAUCUGAUGGAGUUCACCACCCCUGCUAUCUGUCAGGAGCCCCGGAGCCUGGAUCUGGAGCCUCAUGGGCAUGAAGAGCUUUAGGUCUACUUUAUUUGUUUUUCCAGAGGGACCACACAGUCACUGCAGCAACAUGACGUUGCCAUGCAGUGAGCGGCACCACCUCGGCGUCACUUAAUAAUCAAGAAUGAUGGAAAUUCCGAUGAGUUAUGUUGUCUACACUUCAAGCUUCUAGUGCUACCUGUUGUGUUGAUUUUCUGAAUUGUGUCAAACGUAGUGUCAUUCCACUGUUUUGAAAUAAAGUUCUUUUAUCAUAUUCCAAACAAUUGUCCAUUUUGCUAUCACUAAUUUCCCCAUGUUGAAUUACCACUACAUUUAAUUGUAGUACUAAUUGAAUACACUUCUGAAAUAUGAAUUCCAGAAAAUAAUGUUAAGAAGACCUGCGGUUUAAAAAAAAAAUACAAAAAACUGAACAAAAAGUUGAUUUAAAUCAGUGACAUAUUCUUCUGUCUUUUAUGCUCACAUACCAUUUAGCGUCAAAUGUCUGCAUUCUCAUCAAGCGACCUAUUGCAUAACUAACUCGAGAGCAUUCAGAAACGUGGUAUCAAAACAAAAUUCUAAUCUUAUGUUGAUGUUGAUUUCUUAAAACAUGGCAAGUAAUAUGGUUUUGACAGUCAAUAAAAAGCAAGUCACUCAUAUUUGUAACUUUUAUUUUUUUCUGGCAUGUAAAGUACAAAUAAUUAAACAAUUCCAUGAAAAAGUCUUCAAGCGUCUUCAGCUGAAAUCCCAGUAAUAAAUAUCCUAGACUAAA